CGUGCUGGUCUCGCAGGAAGAGGACGAUGCGUUCGUGACAGCAUCGCCCGCGCCUGGUGCUGGUCAGGAAGGAAGCCGAGGGCAUAUGCCUAGGUCGGCUACCUUGGAAAGGCAGAAUGCGGAUGGCGAACCCAGACAACAUCUCGACCGCAUCGAGGUUCCUCGGUCCGGCCGGCCGAAAAGGCUGCGCCAGAUCAACUUCCAGUCCUACGACCCACCUCGAAGCUUCAUGGUUCCCGGGGAUAAGAAAACUUAUGUUCAAUGCCCCUACUGCGACGAUAAGGUGGUUUCAAGGAACAACUGGACCGCCCAUCUGCGAGGACAUGGACUGCAGGGUCCGAUAAAGAACAUCAAGUCUACCACAGGUGCAAGGUUCACCUGUCCCUACUGUCAGAAGGAUUUCGCCGUCACCAGCCGACGCAAACAUUACCAGAAUAAGCACCCUGAGCACCUGUCCACCGCGAAGGACGCAAGAGGCGCCGAGACCGACGGUACCAGUGGAGAAGACGACCUUGCUGACGAGCCAGCAGAAGGUGAUCCCGACGCCGAAACUACUCUCGCGCCUAGUAGCGAGUUUUCCGACCCUGGCGUCGGAUCCCGUGACUUGGUAGAAGGCCUUCUUCAGACAUACGUCCCGUCCAUGAUAGCCACCCACAAAAAAGCCAUUCGCAACAUGCAAAUGCACCUCGAGCAAUACGGUGAGGAGGAAUCCCGUUUCGCUAGGGAACUUCCGACCUAUAUGGAGGAAUUUCGGAGAGUCAGGGUCCUUAGCCCUUGUACGCUGUGGGAGUACCGCGAGAGAGUGGCGGCCGGCGAUACCUUCGAAUGUGGCACCUUCAUCUUCGCCACUGCGGAGCAGUGCACGGAGCUGCUCCGCGAGGCACCGCUCCGGCUGCCCAUCCUGGUGCCAAACGAGCUAAAAGGCGGUCAAACGAGGCCUGCCGAAACCAUGGAACAGGCCUUCCGACUUCUCAGCACUUCGAGUUUGCGCACUUCAAGCGCAUCUUCAACGACGAGGAAACGUUCCUCAACUGCCUCGACCUCCGACCCGGUAGGGACAUCGGCACAGAGCCGUUCAUCCGGGACGUUCCCGGAUACAAUGUCCUAAACUUCGUGACCGAGGACGAAACGUCUGGAAAGGACAGUCGCAGCGACCCACGGGACCUGAGCAACGGCACUCCCUUCCAGCUCCUUGGCUCUGCCGGCGUAUUCUCGUCGAAGCACAUCGACGUCCACGGUGUGGUCACCGUCAUCCCCGCCGAAGAAGGGCGGAAACUGUGGCCGACGUGGCCCUGGAUGUCACGGGAAAGGUUGGAGCGGUGGGUUGGGCUGGAGGAGCUGGACACUCCAUUCCAGGUGUUGAUUCGUCCUGGAGACACGCUGGUCCAGCCAUCGGGGACGCUACACAGUCCGUACUCUCUCGACAGCUGCCUGAUGACGGGGAAUAUGUUUUGGCACUCGGCUGAUAUGGGCCGUAUCAUGGAACUGAUCUGGCUCGACAGUCGCGCUGCAGCGGUCACGAACGAGAGCCCGAAGAAGGAGCUGGCAGGGAAGAUAGCGCGGAUCAAGAGUUUGUGGGAGGGUGGGAGUGAAGC